UGAUGAAAUUACACAACCAAUAUUUUUUAUCAAAUGGUCAAGUAAUCUAAGGAUAUUAUAUUGAAUCAUAUAUUGGAAAAGGUCAAUUUGGAUAAGUUAAUUUCAUUUACUAACUUAGGUUUUCAAAGCAGUAAAAUUUGCCGAUCAAUUAUAAGUAGCAAUUAAGGUAAUCUAAAAAAAGAGAUUUUCAGAAAAUGAUGGAAUUUUAGGACAAUUAGUAUUAUCAGAAAUUAAGGCUCUAUAACUAAUAAAAAGUGAUCAUGUUGUUGGAUUUGUGGAGACAUUUUAAGAUGGUGAAUAUUGUUAUAUAGUAAUGGAAUAUUGUAAUUGUAAAUUAAAUAAAUAUUAUUAUUUUAGCUGGAGACUUAGAGCAACAAUUAAAGAAUCCUAAAUUUAAAUUGACUGAAUAAGAUGCUAAAGGAAUUAUUAAACAAAUAUUAAAGGGAUUGAAAGAUUUGCAUUCAAAAUUUAUUAUUCAUAGAGAUCUUAAAGUGCAAAAUAUAAUGGUUCAUAAUAAUUCAAUUUACAAAAUUGCUGAUUUAGGAUUUUGUAAACUCUUAUAAAAUGAAGUAUUAGAUGAAAAUUAUUAUAGGAUCAAAAAUCAGUAUUAUAAUUGGGAACAUUAUUUACAAUGGCACCAGAAAUAUUUAAUCAAAAUCAAUAUGGAUUAUCAUCAGAUAUGUUUUCUGUUGGAGUCAUAUUUUAUUAGAUUCUAUACGGUAGAUAUCCAUUCAAAUAAAAGGAUUAUUUAUCAAAUAGUCAACGUAUGAAAAUUAUAUAUUAUUAAAUAUUAGCAAAUAUUAAUUUUGAAAAGAAUAAAAUUGAAGUUUCAGAUCAUACAAAAGAUCUCUUGAAGAAAAUGCUAUCUUUUGAUCCUAAAACUAGAAUAUCUUUUCAAGAUUUAACACUUCAUCCAGCUUUUGAAAAACCAAUUUUUAGUAUAUAUAAAUAUUAAUUUUAUUAGGUUUAAUCAGCAAAAUACAAUUGUAAGCUAAUUUAAUUCCAUUGGAUGACCAUGCAAAUUUUUAUUAGGAAUAGUCAAAAAUAAUAGAAGAAAAAUAAUAAGAUAUUUUGAAUCAAAAAUAAAUAGAAACUAUAAAUCAAGAGGAAUCAAAAUUAUAGAAAAAAAUUAAAAUUAUUGACAUAUCAGAAAUAAAUUCUAAUUAUUUAGAAAAUAAAUUAAGUUUAGAAAUAGAAAAAAUUAAUAAAAAGAUAAAUGAAAUGUAUUUCUUUUCUAAUACAUUACAAGAAGUUAUUUAUGUUCUUUAAUAACCACAUAUUAUGGAUAUAUUGUGUAUUAAAAUAAAAUAAUUAUGUGAAAGUAUUCUCAAAAUGAUUAAGGAGAAUAUGUAACAAUAUAAAAAUCAAAAAUAAUAUCAACAUGAUUAUAAUCUACUUGAAGAAUAAAAUCGUGAAAUGGUUUCAUUUUAUGAAUUAAUUUAAUAUUAAUAGUUAGAUGUCUAAGAUCAAUUAAAAUAAUUUUCAGAAAAAAGUUUAGCUGAAUCUAUAUUCUAACAUAACGAUUAAGAAUAUAUAUUAAAUUAAAGAUUCUCCUAAUUAUUAAAUAGUUAAUUAAAUAAAGACUGUAAAAUUAUAAAUUUUGCAUUCUCUCAUGUAGUUUUAUGUUACUUAUUUUGCAAAACUAAAAAUCCAUAAUAUAUAUAAUUUGAUGAAACUACUUUCAAUUUUAAUAGAUCCUCAGAAUAAUAUCCAGAUUCAGUUCAACUUUUAGGAUAAUUAGAAACAAACUCUUCAAUUAAUUUUAAUUAAUAUUAUUGA